AUGAGCACACCACAAAACAAGUCAAAUUCCAAAGGACAACCCCAGCAAAAAGGUGAACACAGUCAAAAGGUGAAUGUUUUUAUCGGGAAUUUACCUCGAGGAGCGACCGUUCAAAGCAUUUUCAAGCAUUUUGAGGGUUACAAAGUCGACAAAGUUCGUAUAAUCAAACAUGCGACCGAGAGUACAAAGGGGUAUGGGUUUCUCACAUUCAAGACGUUGAGUGAUGCUGAGAACAUUGUGAAUCGCCUGAACAACGACACGAUGGGGGAGAACAAAAUCACGUUACAGCUGUCCACUGGGAAGAAGGCGAGUACUCAACAGAAAAAGGAGAAGAAGUCGCAACAAGAGAGUGUCGAGACGAUGAAAUGUUACACAUGCGGUCUAUUUGGACACACUACAAAGUACUGCCCAAACUCACAAGAAGCAGGAAAGUGUUUUAUAUGUGGGGAGAGUGGCCAUUUCUCGAAUAAAUGUCCCCAACGAGAAGAAUACUAUAAUACUAAUAAACAGAACCAUCAAGGAACUAAUGAGGAGGAGUACUAUGAAGAACAAGAAGAAGACCCCCACACCGACCAACAAUGCUACAAAUGUGGCAGUUCUGACCACAUCGCAAAGAACUGUCCAGACGCGUGGAAAUAUGAUGAGAAGAUGAAAGAGCAAAUUACACAUGAAAAUGGUUCUAAAGAGUUUCAAGAGAACGAACCCGUUCAAGAGAAGUCAAUUGAGAAGGUUAAAGAGAAGAAGACUAAGCAAGUUGGGUGUUACAAAUGUGGGAGUCUCGACCAUAUAGGGAGGGAUUGUCCAGAUGCUUGGAAAUAUCACGACGGGGUAUCCCACACCGACAAAGAACAAAUUGAGUCUGAACCACAAGAGGAGAAAUUUAAUAAAAAGGACUCGCAAGAAGAGAAAUUGGUCGUAGAAAAGAAAUUAAAAAAAUCGAAGGGCGCCGGGUGUUAUUUAUGUGGGAAUACUGGGCAUAAUGGGAGAGAUUGUCCUGAUGCGUGGAAAUACACAAAUGGGAAAUUAGAUGAAAAGUAUCAGACGGCACCUUCCGACGAUGGUCCUCAAGAAAAGAAGUCUUCACACAAUGAAAGUUGUGGGAGAUGGAGCGACAAACAGUUCGAUGAAUACCGAACUAAUUUUACUCAAAAGCGAAGACCUUUUAUAAAGGAAGAAGUCAUCCCAAAAGAAAAGCCCAAAGACAAACCUUGUUACAAGUGCGGGAAGUAUGGACAUAUCUCAAAGGAUUGUCCUGAUGCUUGGAAGUUUACUAAUACCAAGUGA